UUCUCUCUCUCUCCAUCGGUGUCUCUGUGUGCGCCAUUCCUUCUAUUUCAGCUUUUUGAUCGCCGGAACGCAUCUCCGACCGAUCAAAUUCCCGGCAUUCAUUCCGGUGAUCUAACUCCGAUGAUUCACCACUCUGAUCCAUAGCUUUCUCAAUCACCGAAUCAAUCUCAAACAUCAUCAUUUUACUUCUUCUCUUUUUUCGCUUCUCCCUUUCAGAUCCGUUUCCAUUCGAGUUCCGCUGCGAAAAUCGGGGGAGAACAAACCAUUCAUAUGGAUUAGCAACACCCGAUGAGAAACCUUUCCCCAUGCGACUCACGAACGCUUUACUCUUCCGCAAUCUCGCUUCCGCCAGCUACUACUUCCGAGUCCAAUUUUAGGGUUAGGGUUUGCGUGUUGCGUUUUGUAGAACAACAAAAUGUUCAAAAAAAUCAUGAAGGGAGGGCACAAGAAGCCCUCCAAGUCCGACUCCAACGAUUCCCCGGCGGCGCCGAACGCCGGGAGCAACCGUGACUCCAAUGUGGUGGUCAACCACGCCUCGCGCGGCGGUGGAGGUACUGCGGCUGCAAAUUCGGCCACCGCCAUGCCAAUCGCUCCUCCGUCUGGCGCCAUGGAACCGGUGCCUUUGUUCCGUGACGUGCCGGUUUCGGAGAGGCCAAACCUUUUCCUUCGGAAGCUGCAUAUAUGUUGCUACGUUCUGGAUUUCUCGGACACGCUGAAGAAUGUUAGGGAGAAAGAGAUCAAGCGGCAGGCUCUGAUGGAGCUCGUGGACUACAUCCAAUCGGGUUCGGGCAAGUUAACGGAGAAUUGCCAGGAAGAAAUGAUCAGAAUGAUAUCUGUGAACAUUUUCCGGUGCUUGCCGCCGGCGUCACACGAGAACACGGGGCAAGAGCCCACCGAUCCUGAAGAGGAGGAACCGUGCUUGGAGCCGUCGUGGCCACAUUUGCAGCUGGUGUACGAGCUUCUCCUCAGAUACGUGGUGUCAUCGGAUACUGAUACCAAGGUUGCAAAACGGUACAUUGAUCACUCUUUUGUGCUGAAGUUGCUGGAUUUGUUUGAUUCUGAGGACCCCAGGGAGCGUGAAUAUUUGAAAACCAUACUCCAUCGUAUAUAUGGCAAGUUCAUGGUUCACAGGCCCUUUAUUAGGAAGGCUAUUAACAACAUUUUUUAUCGGUUUAUAUAUGAAACUGAGAGGCAUUGUGGUAUUGGGGAGCUUCUGGAGAUUCUUGGGAGCAUCAUCAAUGGGUUUGCUUUGCCAAUGAAAGAGGAGCAUAAGUUGUUUCUUAUCAGGGCGCUUCUGCCUCUGCAUAAACCUAAGUCUGUUGCUUUGUACCACCAGCAGUUGUCUUACUGCAUCACUCAGUUUGUAGAGAAGGAUUUCAAGCUCGCGGAUACGGUUAUUAGGGGCUUGUUGAAGUAUUGGCCUGUCACCAAUUGCCAGAAGGAAGUUCUCUUCCUUGGAGAACUGGAGGAAGUGCUGGAGGCCACUCAGGCUGCAGAAUUUCAACGCUGCAUGGUUCCCCUUUUUAGACAGAUUUCCCGCUGCCUCAAUAGUUCUCACUUUCAGGUUGCAGAGCGAGCCCUCUUUUUGUGGAAUAAUGAGCACAUUGUAAGCUUGAUUGCCCAAAACAGGACUGUGAUAUUACCGAUUAUAUUUGAAGCGUUUGAGAAAAAUAUUGAGAGUCAUUGGAACCAGGCAGUUCACGGGCUGACUGUGAAUGUUCGCAAAAUGUUCAUGGAAAUGGAUGCAGAAUUAUUUGAAGAGUGCCAGAGGCGGCAUGCAGAGAGAGAGGCUAAAGCUAAAGAAGUGGCUGAGCAGCGGGAACUGAACUGGAAGAGACUGGCAGAAGCCGCAGCUCAGAACGGCGGGGAGGAUAUGGUGACAGCUUAGCCUUGUGAGUUUACUGCCUCAACUGGAAAUGUGAAUUAAAUAGGUGAAGGAUGAUGAAUGUGCUCCUCUUCUCCAUUUUGGUGCUAUUAUUUAUUGGUUUCUUUCUUUCCAGCCUAAAUUUUUUCUUCUCUUCUAUAUUAUUAUUGUCUCAGUUGGAUAAUUAGCAAUUUGAAGAAAGCAGUGAUUAAUGUAACUUAUUCGAAGUUGUUAGCAAUGUCUGCAGAUUUAGAAUGUUCUGUGAUAAAUUUUCUUGUAUUUUUCCCCCUUUUACAUAGAGAA